AUGUCUACCAUUCGCAUCGGCUCACUGGCCUACGGAUACCAAACGAUAGACGUUGUAGGCCCGUUGGAUGUGCUCAGUUCUGGCAGUAAGCUCUUCGCCAAAGCGCUCAGGGAGUACCACCCCGUGAGCGACGAGGUCGUCGCCACAGCACCAGAGAUUGAAUUCCAUCAUAUCGGAGUCAGUCUGGACCCCGUGGAGUUGACCGCUGGCGUCUCCAUCGUGCCAACGGCGACAGUCGACAACGCCCCGGAAAUUGACAUCCUCCUCCUCGGCGGGCCCAACCCGGCAACCUUCGAGUUGCACCCCAAGUACGCGGAAUACAUCCGUCAGCAUGUCGACGCCGGCAAGGUUCUCUUCACCAACUGUACCGGCGCUUUCGUGGCGGCCACGGCCGGGGUUCUCGACGGCCGUGAGGCAACUGCCAAUCACGCGGAGCUGGGAUGGAUCAAGAAGCGCUUUCCGAAGGUCCGAUGGACUGACGAGACCAAGUGGGUUGUCGAUGGAAAUAUCUGGACGGCAGCAGGGGCCGUCGCGGGCAUGGACAUGACGGCUCAAUGGUUCAAGGAGACGUAUGGGGUUGGGGUUCUCACGCUGGCGACCAUGGGUCUGGACUACGAACCCAGAGAUUCCCGUGGCUUGCUCAACGUCAUCCCGAAGAGAUACGACUCUGAGGGGAAUCAGAUUUCGACCCACGUCUUCCCUUCCUACGACUCUUACUGA